AUGUUGCAUUUCUCCAAGUAUCAGCCAGAAGAGUACCGUCGGUUUGACGAUGCGCGUCAGCAUAGGGAGAAAGACAACAUUUUCUCCUACAAGGCUUUCGUGGAGGCCCCUGGAGCUCCUCGUACAGCGUACAAUAUUGACUUUGACGCAGGGAUGGCCCGCCUUUUUGAUGCUGCGCGUACAGACCUCACAAGUUCGCGCAUUUCUGUCGAGAGGGCACUCCGCUCGGGCCUCGGCGGUUCUUGUGGCGUCGCCUCUUCGGGUUCUCUAGCAGCGGGCACUCGGGUGGCUUCGGCCAGUGUUGUCCAGGGGCCUUUCGGUAAUUGCUACGCCUACGCAGCUUUGCAGAGUUUUGCUUCCUUGGGCUGGUUAGAGGAGAUCGAGCCUGCGACAGACGGACUCGGCAGACUCUACAGAGUUCGCCUUUUUGUUUAUGGUGUGUGGAGGGAUGUUAUCGUUGAUGACCGGAUUCCGUACCCCUUUUUCGAAGAGGUGUGCGGCUGUUUGUAUGACGGGCCCUCCUACAGCUCGGUUACGGUGAUGCUACUGAUCAAAGCCUUAGCGAAGUUGAUUGGCGACUAUUCGAUGCUGCCAGGUGGAAUUAUGCCAAGCACCGCGUCCCUCUACGUCGGUUGGACAGAGCCGAGCGCCGUCUUCGUCUCCGUUUGGCGGUGGGACUCAAUGCCAUUGUUACGGCCAGGAGAACAUCAAAACUAGAUAAUUCAUAAGGUAGCCCAAUGGCUACGGAUUUGGAUGAUGUGCUUCAUCAUCCUCAGCGGUGUCGCCCUUGUCCUGUUACUAGUGCUAAUCUGCACAAGCACAGGAUAAAUCUGAGAAGGCGAAGCAUUUGGUUUUUGUUGUAUUUAAGUAUGAAGGUCCCUGAGGCUUAGUGCCUUUCAUCUGCCUAAGCUAACUAGAUCCCGAUCCACUAUCUUACUUCUCAGCUUGUUGCUUUCCUGCACACGCUUAAGGCCUUAGGACUUUGAUCCUGUUGCUGUCGAUGAUGAUGCUGGUGAUCUUGAUGUUGUUGGUCUUCGCGCUGCUGUCGUUAUGAUUAUCUUGCUCUGGUUGUUUCCUUGAUCAUGAUGUUCGUAAAUCUUUAAGUUGUUGACUUCUGUACUGGUGGGGUAAUCUUUAUGCUCAUGCUUGAGGUGAUUCAUAAUGUGGGGAUCAACAUCCAUGGCAGCACUUUAUCAGCGGGAAUGGCCCGAGCGUGCGCUUCGUUAAAUAUUCUGCCGCGCCUGCGUCGCAAACGGAUCAGGCGAUAGCACCAAAAGAAAAGCCCACUCAUGCUUUCUUGGAUCUUCCGAAAAGCCGCCCGGAGUGGCAGCUUUGGGACCCCCGCCAGUGCCGCCUAUGGGUCUCACCAGAGGAGCAGGUGUUAUGGCUUGCACUCAAGCAUCUGCGGCAACGUUGGCAAAGGACGUAUGGGAAGACGCUUCUGUGGCAACCAAUUGAUGAGAAAAAAGCUGGCGAUUUUUUUGCAGGUGUCGAGGACGACCCCUCCUGUGAUUUUUUCGAUCCAGCGACGCGGUUGGCGAUUGGAGUUGCGCUACCCGAGGCUGGCAACGGGCCAGAGCUCGUCGCAGUACGUGUGGUAUUGGGCGACUGCAAUAGGCGUCUUACGACCCCCGUGCCGCUGGGCCUGCUGCUUUUGCUACUGUUGGAGCGGCGUUUCGAUCCGAGGUCGAUAACAUAUGGGGUAAAAAUGGACGCAACCGAACUCCUGAGGAGGGCUCACUCGAAUUCCCCCUACGACGGGCGAGGCGCCUUUCGUCUCAGUCUCCUCGAAGGGUCGAAGAUUACCGCGAAGCACCAAAGCACCUCGGGAGAACCACGCAAGUGCGCUUUUUUUCGUAUGCGCUCCCGGUUAGAGCGAUUGGACAAGAAGAGCGGACUCGAACAGCGAGGGUCGUACUCGAGUUGGGACAAGGUCAGGCAGGAAUCCCAGUUCAAAGCCAGUCGCGCAGUCUCUUUCACCAUCAUCUCUCGUCUUCGAUCUAGCCCUAUCCUCGCCGGGAUGCUCUCCUUCCAUGCCUAUAGUCUCUUGGCAUUCGAGGUUUUCGCAGUGCCGUUAAUAGCGUCUUUGCAGCACCAGAGAGCGCAUGAAAGGCCGAGGCGCAAGUUUUUAUUGAUCUAUUCCGCGAAGAUGCGAAAUCCGCACCACAGCGUGUUGGAAGGACGCUGGAACGCCUUCGCCUGGCCCGAGGGAGUCACGGAAUCGCCUCCAAAACGUGAGCCGCGUAUGUCUGACGUUCUCCUGGACGGAAGCCUCAACGUUAGGGUGAGUUUUCCAUGCUUAACCUGGUUCGCUUCCGAGGCGGGUGGAGCUGCGUCGAACUAUCAGUGUUCAACUGGUGACGUCAUUUUGCACUCAUUGAACUCGCCUUAUUCGGAUAUGCUGGCCGAGUCGGAGAGGGAACGCGCGCCGCGGUUUUAUGACGAGGAGUCGAUGGCCUUGCGUGACGUAUUAGUUGACGCUAACAGCGAACUAGGCCUUUACCAUGUGCGCAUGGACUGCGAUGCGCGUUUAUCCGAGAUGCCACAAGCCCCGCAGGAGGUAACAGUCUCUGACGGCAAAUCAAUUUGCGUUGAGAUGCAAGGUGCUUUUGGCCCCCGCUCGGUGCCUGGUGCUGCGAAAGGAAGUGACUUUCUGGAGUGCAAUGAAGGAGAUAUUUUACUCGUCGUCCGGGAGGCGGGACGUUGGUCGAUGGCAGAGCACUUGCAGGGACCCCUAAAAUACGCUCAGGGAUGGAUUCCGCGUAACUUCUACAACGAACUUCCUGAUUAAGGACACUACUAGUAGUUGUAGGGUACUAAUCUUACUGGUCGAGAAGUAUUUCUGUGAUAGGUAAUAUUAUCUAGUGGUUGUUCAGGAUCAUUUCCCUCGUUUUUUUAGCGCAUGUCUCACCUGCUCAACGUAAUAGUUAUUUGAUUUCUUACUGGCUGUUCGAUGUUAAGGAGAUCUGUGCGCGAGUUGUUACUGUGCUAUGUGAAGAUGAUAUCAAGGACAACAUUGUCGGAGCACUUUCAUGAUGAUAGCGAGUGUAUGGAGCGACGCAAGGGUCCGGGAGC